AAAGGUCAUGCCGGUAAAAUUGAAAAUGUAAAAUAACAGAAUUGAAACAAAAUGAAAAACAAAAUUAAUUCCGCAGAACUAUUCUUGUAUUUUUCGAUUUGGAUUUGUGCCAAUAUAUUUUCAUUGUACAUGUUAGUAAAGUCACAAACAGAAAUUUUUGAGUUGGACAGUAAUUUAAUUUAUUCGCUGAAUGAUUUAACACCAGGCUGGAACUUUUUAGCACGAUUUAAAGAUGUUUCUGAUGUAGAAUGGAGUAGCUGGAAAUUCUUUUUACAUACGUCCUGGUAUUACCUUAUUAUAACAUUUUUUGCUUCGGAAUUGGUACGACAAUAUUGUUCAUAUUUAAUAAAACCAUGGUAUAUACUCUCCAGUAUUAUAUUCAUUUAUAUAUAUUUGGGAUUCAAGCACAUGAUUAUCGUUUUAGUCCAACCAAUUGUAUAUGCUACUGUUAUCAUUCUUGGAGGAAAAAAAGCUACCAUUUGGGUGAUCAGUAUUAUUUUACUGCUUAGUUAUAAUUCACUGAAGUACAAAUUUUUCUUUUGGAGAUUCUUAGAUCAUAGAGAUUUGCAAGAUGAAGAAGUAUAUUUAAUAUUAUUUUGUAUGGCAUGGAUUGAAUUGCGAUGCAUUAGUUAUUCAAUUGAUUUUAUAGAUAAUAAAGAGAAGAUGACUAUGACAUCUAAAGAUUUUCUUGAUAUGUUAUGUUAUGUCCUGUACUUGCCAUUGCUCUAUACAGGGCCAAUUGUUAUUUAUGAAGAAUUUAAUAAAAGCUUUCAUGUGCAAAAUAAGAGGCUACCUACAAAGUUAUCAAGAUUUUUGCCAGAUGCUGUAAUUUUCCUACUGUAUACACUACUUUUAGACUUUUCAUUUCAUUAUGUUUACUUUUAUGCUAUGCAAGCUGACAUGGAGUUAAUUAGACGAUUACCUACAAUUGCCUUGUGUGGGGGAGGUUUAUGGAUGGGUCUGGAGUUUCACAUGAAGUAUGUUAUAUCAUAUGGGACUGCAGCAUCAUUUGCUAGACUUGAUAAUAUAGAACCUCCCCCUACUCCUCGGUGCAUAGCACGGAUUCAUGUGUACUCUCAAAUGUGGAGGCAUUUUGACGUAGGCCUUUAUAGAUUUCUAGUCAAGUAUAUUUAUAGACCUAGCUUUGAUGUUUUGAAAAAAUAUCUAAAUUUGCCAAACAUAAUCUGCAAGUUGCUGGCAUCACUUGAAACUUUUAUAUUUAUUUUCAUGUGGCAUGGUAUAGUAUGGCACAUUUUCAUGUGGACCAUACUUAACUAUACUGGUAUCACAAUGGAACAUUUUGGAAAACUAAUAUCAAAACAUGACAAAUACAUUUGGUUUAAGAAAAUGGUAUUGCGAACAGAGGCUAUGGAGGCAAGGUUUAUUGCCAUUUUAUGUACACCAUUACUAGCAUUGUCGGCUAUUUCUAACUUUUAUUUAUUUGCUGGUAAUGAUGUGGGUGAUUUGUUUUUUGACUGUUUUUCUCAACCAUCCACUUUAAAUAGUAUUAUAUUAUGUAUGUCAUUAUAUAGUUGUUGCCAUGUUUCAAUGGCAUUAGAAGAUGUUCCAUCUAGGAUAUUUUUAGAAAGAGCAGUUGAGGAAAAUGAGAAAAAACAAUGACUGUAUUACUGAUUAUUAGUGAAUUUUUGAAUCUCUUUAUUCUUUUAUACAGUAGUGGGUAAUGGGCUAGUUAUUAUAGGGUUAAUAUUGUGGUUGUGUAAAAAAUACAUUUUCUUUAUUUUAUUGUAACUUUAUAGUAAUUAUUCAGAAAUAUUGCGUGCUAAGAUAAAAUUUAUAAAACGAUGGUUAUGAUUCAUAAAAUAUAGGUA